AGAUUAUUUAAUGCCAACACAUUUGAGACCAUUAGUGGCGAUGCUUUCAUGGGCCUUCCUCAUCUAGAAUAUUUGUUUAUAGAAAACAACAACAUCAAAUCACUUUCCAACACUUCUUUCCGUGGGCUGAAGUCCUUAAUUCACUUGAGUCUUGCAAACAACAACCUCCAAACGCUCCCUAAAGACAUAUUCAAAGGAUUGGAUUCACUAACAAAUGUAGACCUGAGGGGAAAUGCAUUCAAAUGUGAUUGCAAAUUGAAAUGGUUAAUUGCAUGGAUAAGCAGAACAAAUGCAACAGUGGAAGACAUUUAUUGUGAAAAUCCACCGGAGUAUAAGAAACGCAAAAUCAACAGCCUCUCGGCUAGUGAAUUUGAUUGCAUCAUUACACAAUUUGUCGUGUUUCGAAAGCUGCCGUAUCAGUCCCUGUCAGUGGACACAUUCUCAUUCAUGAAUGAUGAAUACGUGGUUAUCGCUCAGCCUUUUAUGGGAAAGUGUAUCUUUCUGCAAUGGGACCAUGUGGAAGGGACAUUCAGGAAUUUUGAUAACAUCACAGGGACCUCGGUGGUUGUCUGUAAGCCGAUUAUUGUCGAGAAUUGCUUGUACAUCAUUGUUGCCCAGCUCUUUGGUGGCUCCCAUAUUUACAAGAGAGACAUUCACGCCAAUAAAUUCAUUAAAAUCCAGGACAUUGAGAUCCUUAAGAUCAGAAAACCGAACGACAUCGAAACAUUCACCAUUGUUAAGGACGCAUAUUUUGCAAUAGCAGAUAGUUCGAAAGCGGGCAUCACCACUAUCUACAAAUGGAAUGGAAAUGGGUUUUAUUCCGACCAAUCUUUGCACGAAUGGUACAGAGACACUGAUGUGGAAUACCUUGAAAUAGCCACCAAGCCUCACCUGAUCAUCUCAAGCAGUUCUCAACACCCGGUCCUGUAUCAGUGGAAUGGGGGCACAAACAAUUUCGCCGACCCAGUGGAUAUUCCAGAUAUGGAAGAUGUUUACUCUGUCAAACACUUCAAAGUGAAGGAAGAUAUUUACGUUUGCCUAACAAGAUUCAUUGGGGAUUCCAAAGUGAUGAAAUGGACAGGCUCCAAAUUUCUGGAUUUACAAAGAAUGCCAUCCAGGGGGUCCAUGGUGUUCCAGCCUCUUCAGAUAAAGAAUUAUCAGUAUGCCAUUCUUGGGAGUGAUUAUUCUUUCACUCAAGUCUAUUUUUGGGAUGCGGGAAAAGCCAAGUUUGUUAAGUUUCAAGAAUUAAAUAUUCAAGCGCCGAGAUCCUUCACACACGUUUUUGUUGACAAACAAGAUUUUCUCUUUGCAUCAAGCUUUAAAGGAACCACAGUGAUCUAUAAGCACAUCAUAAUUGACUUAAGUGCAUGAUACAUAUUUACACACACACACACACACACACACACACACACACACACACACACAGAGUAUGGAAAUCUGUUGUGAGACUUCUUCCAUUAAUAACAACAGAGACCUAACGAAUGAAAUGCAUGGCAACAAUUCUCUUUACUUCCAGUCUGCGAAAUGCCUUUUAACAGCUGAGAUUGUUAAAAUAAAGUGCUACAACUAAUAUCUUCAACCAUAAAUGUCAAGUCUAGUGCUGUUUGAAAUUACAAUUUUAAAAGAAGGACAAAUUAAAGCAUUCACUAUUAUCUGCAACAACAGUGUAAAUAGCUAGCGAAGCUCCAUCCCUCCUAAAUGAGUUGGAAAGCACCAAUCAUCUGUUAAUUUUCCAAUAUUCACCGAUCUGAAAAAUUGCCAAAUAAAAUGUUUACGUUUUCUUUCCUAUU